AUGAUCGCCGUCUCAUCGGCGAUGGACAUGUCAAUCAUCUCCUACGACGAGAGCCACCACACCGUCGGCGGCCGGAGCGACGCCGAGGUUAUGAGACUCUACGAGACGUGGCUAGUGAAACACGGGAAGGUUCAGAACUCUCUUGUUGAGAAAGAUCGACGGUUCGAGAUCUUUAAAGACAAUCUCCGUUUUAUCGACGAUCACAACAGCAAGAAUCUAAGCUACAGAUUAGGUCUUACGAAGUUCGCCGAUCUCACUAACGAUGAGUACAGAUCCAUGUACCUCGGAGCUAAGAUGCAGAAGAAGGGAGAGAGGAAGACAAGCCAACUAUACGAGGCGCGUGUCGGUGACGCGGUACCGGAGAGCGUUGACUGGAGGAAGGAAGGAGCCGUGGCUGAGAAAAACGCUAAAGUUGUCACAAUCGAUUCAUACGAGGAUGUGCCAGCUAACAGUGAAGAAUCUUUGAAGAAAGCACUUUCUAAACAACCCAUUGCCGUAGCCAUUGAAGGUGGUGGUCGUGCGUUCCAGCUCUAUGAUUCGGGUAUAUUCGAUGGAAUCUGUGGAACACAACUUGACCACGGAGUUUUAGCGGUCGGAUACGGAUCUGAGAACGGCAAAGACUACUGGGUCGUUAAAAACUCAUGGGGAUCAAGCUGGGGAGAAAGCGGAUACAUAAGAAUGGAGCGUAACAUCGCUGCUUCAUCAGGUAAAUGUGGAAUUGCCGUCGAACCAUCCUACCCGAUCAAGAAUGGUCAAAACCCACCAAACCCGGGACCUUCACCACCAUCUCCCAUCAAACCACCGACCCAAUGUGAUAGUUACUAUACAUGUCCUGACACCGACACUUGUUGCUGUCUCUUUGAGUAUGGCAAGUAUUGCUUUGCUUGGGGAUGCUGCCCACUUGAAGGAGCCACUUGUUGUGAUGACAACUAUAGUUGCUGUCCUCAUGAAUAUCCGGUUUGUGAUCUUGAACAAGGAACCUGUUUAAUGAAGAAGAACAGUUCGUUGAGUGUUAAGGCUUUGAAGCGCAAACCGGCGACACCGUUCUGGUCACAGAGCAGGAAGAACAUUGUGUGA